AUGCCUGCCGACCUUGUCGAUGUUCUCAUCAUUGGCGGCGGCCCCGCUGGCCUAACAGCAGCCCUCACUCUUGCACGACAAUUACACACAGCGAUCCUCUUCGAUAAUCAGUCCUACCGCAACGGCAAUUCCUCCUUUAUGCACAUGAUCCCAACAUGGGAUCACAAAGAUCCUGCUCAAUUCCGAGAGAAGGCUCGCCAGGAGAUCCUCUCGAACUAUUCCACCAUUCGCCUGGAGAAUGCAACUAUCGCAAAGGCGGAGAAGAAAGACGACGGUCUUUUCAAAGUAACAGAUGAGAAUGGGAGUUCUUGGGAAGGAAGGAAAUUGAUCCUUGCCACUGGAUCCCAGGACAUUUUCCCACCCAUUCCCGGUUAUGCUGAUGCCUGGGGAAAGCGCAUCUUCCACUGUCUCUUCUGCAAAGGAUACGAGGACCGCAGUGCAAAGCGAGCAGGCGUUCUAGCCAUCCAGUCCGCCGCAAAUGUGCCGAUGGCGAUGCAUCAGGCGGAAAAUGCUGCCCAGCUGGCCGAGCAGGUUACCAUCUAUACCAAUGGACAAGAGGCCCUUAACUCCCAGUUGGCUGCUACCUUAGCCGAUAAGGGCAGCAAAACAGUGUUCAAGGUCGACAAUCGUGAAAUAACCGGUGUGUCGCUCAAUGGGGACGAUCUGAGUAAUCCAGUCUCUGUUCAGGUCCAGCUUGCCGAUGGUAGCCAGGUCGAAGAAGCUUUUCUCGUUCAUAACCCUGACACGCAGGUCAAGAGUGCCCUCGCUACUCAGUUGGGUCUGGACCUCGCACCUAGUUUUGUUCCCGGCACGGGCGAUAUAGCUGCCGCAGCCCCUUUCUAUCAGACCAACAUCCGGGGCGUGUUUGCUGCGGGCGACUGUAUGACUCCGUACAAGGUGGUUGCGGGCGCCAUUUCUAGUGGAUGCAAUGCGGCUGUUGCGGCUUCAGCGCAGCUGCUCGCGGAGAAGCAUGGCCACCAGCCGCUUUUCUAA